GUCAAGCCAUGUGAUGUAAGUACAUGAGCUGUGGCAAGAACAGCUGACUCUUUUCCGACCACAGACAGAAUAUGCAACGAUGUGUGCAAAGUGCAGGAUAUAUUCGAGACUUCCUCUUGGUGUACCUAUAGUCUGCAUAUGUUAUACACCAACUCUCUCAACACAGUCAGAUUUUCAUAGAGGAAGCUGAAUAAGAACUUGGCCAUAGCUUUUAUGGCGUGAACAGCGUGUUACUUCUGAAGCAGGUUCAAAAUGAAGUGUUCUUUAAAAUUUUUAUGGAUGGCCAGUUUGCUGUUCUGUGUGCUUCUGCUUCUGCACACUGGAGAGGCCAGAGUGAAUACGGAAGUUCAGGCAGGGCCUCUGUAUCGGGUGGUGGGCUCCUUGCUCUCCAUCUCCUGCAAUGUGACAGACCUUCCCCCAGUUGGAGCUAGAAACGAAUUUGAAUUCCGUAUGAAAAAGCCUGAAAAUCCCAAUUUUGAGAUCAACAUCAUCAGUACUGGUGAUGAAGAUUUUUCAUUUGCUCGCUAUACAAGCCGUGUAAGAAAUGCUGAAAUUACCCUGACACAUGUGGGUGAAAACUCAGUUGUCUUCGAGGUACAAAGACUACAGAAGGAUGAUGAAGGAGAAUAUGAAUGUUCUGUAGUUAACCCAUACACUGAAUAUGAUGGAGCCUACAGUGCCAAGACCAUAGUGAAAGUGAUCGACAACUCCCUCAGUGUUUCAUCUUCAGUCUCAGCAUCACUAAGCCAUACCGAGGGUGAUGCUCUUACUUUAACAUGCCAAGCCUCCAGCAACACCAUCCAGCACACUCACUUGUCUUUUGCCUGGUUUCUCCGUAAAAAUACUGAGGACAGUGGUCAUCCUAUCAUUCUGAUGGACAGGGAUUUCACACUGAAGCCUGGACAGGAGUUCCAAGAACGUUACCAAGCUGGACUCAUAAGGUUGGAUAAAAUCGGUGAAGCCACAUACCGACUAAAGAUGUCCCAGCUGGAGCAAUCAGAUCAAGGUGAAAUCUACUGUGAGGCUCAGGAGUGGAUCCAAGACCCUGACCGCUCCUGGUAUUCUAUUGCACAGAGGGUUGCAGGGGAAACUAACCUUACUGUCAUGGCCCAAGAAGUGGUGCCAGACAUGUCGUCUUUGGUGGUGAGAAUCUCGGUACAACAGACAACUCUGCAGGAGGGGCAGCAGCUGUCUGUAACAUGCAGUGUAGACACACAGAACCUGAGGGAAAAGUUCUUCUCCGUUGCCUGGCUCCGUGAAGGUGUCGAGCUGGCUCAGAUUGGUCCUACAGGGGUUUUGUCUGCGGGGCCAGAUUACAGUGCGAGAGAGCAAGAAGGAGAGCUCAGGGCAGCCCGGAUUGGGGACAGAGAUUAUCGUCUCAUAUUGCAGCCUGUCAGAACCAAGGAUCAGGGAGAAUAUAUCUGUAGAGCAUGGUCUCAGGACAGGGGCCAAAAUGGUGUCUUUACACAGGGAGCAGCCCAGGAUUCAAGCCCCCAACUAGUCAGCAUCUCAGCCACAGAAAAUGGGCUCUCAGUUCAAAUACAAAAUGGUGUCACAGCAUUUAAGGAAGGUGACAGGCUGGAGCUUACCUGUGAAGUGGAUGGAGUCAACGAUCAGCUCUCCGUCACCUGGCAGCAUAGAUCAACAUCCACAUUGAAGUCCGUGUUCACCAGUGUCAUUAGUCUAAGUCAGGAGGGUGUUAUGGAGAAAUCGGAGGGGUUCAUAAAUCGGAAAGUAAAGGCUUUGCGUCCAGCACACGAUACCUUCACCCUUGAGCUUGCUGAUCUCACACCAUCUGAUUCAGGAGACUACCAGUGCACUGUGUCUGAAUGGAAAACCAAUAGCAAGACCAACAGUGCAUCAGGAAGUACUUCUGUGAUAGUAAAACCUGUAGAUACAUUUGCAAAAGUGAUCCUGAAAAGUCGCACCACCAUUGUGAAAGUAGGAGAAACAGUAGAGUUGAUUUGCCUCAUCAGACAGCUAAGCCUGCCAAUAACACUGACAUGGAGUUUGCAACGUGAUGACUCAACAGUUAAUAAUAUUCUUACAGUGUAUUCUAACGGUACCAUCAGCUGGUCUGGAGAACAGCACCGCUACCAGCUAAAAAUACAGAAAAAGACAAAUGAUGAUUCUUACUAUUUGAUUAUAAAUGGUGCAAGCCUCAAGGAGGCAGGACGCUACCAGUGUGAAGCCUCUGUCUUCCUUGAAAAUAUACACAAAAAGCUGCGUCCAUCCAACCAGCUGGCUGUGAGGGUGAACAACCCAGAGAGUAAGCUCAGCCUGACCUCCACCCCCGCCUUGACCAGAAAUAUCAACACUGACGUAAAAAUGAAAUGCUCAGUUAGUUCACCUACUUCUACAUCCUCUCGCUAUGCUGUCACCUGGUUGCUACAGCAACAUGGAGAGAAUAAGACCAUUGUAAGUACUGACCGGGAUGCCUUAGUAACAUUUGGGCAACAGGUAGAGCUGAACCAGAUGCAACGUAUCAGCAUGAGCCGUACCCAAGGCCCUGGUUUUGAGUUGACUAUUCGGCAAGCACGGUCAUCAGACAAAGGCUUGUACACAUGUGAAGUGGUGGAGUGGUUACAAGAUCCUCGUGGUGAAUGGUUUGACCUCCCACCAACCUCCAAAAGCACUCAGCUAACAAUUAUUGAGCCUGCCAAUGACCUUCAUCUGAACAAAACAACCCAACAUUUGAAUGUCAUGGAAGGCACUGAUGUGGAGCUUAAAUGUAGCCUCAUCUCAGCUGCACCCGGUGCCUCUUUUUUUUAUAGAGUCAUGUGGCGCUACACUAGGCUGAACUCAUCCAUUGUAAGUGCUCCCCUGGUGGAGCUCGACCACACGGGCCUACUGAGAUACCCGCCAAAUCCAAAAGUACGUCACCUGCAGGGGAGGCUUCGUCUCUCCAGACCCUCUCAGAGCAGCUUCCACCUAGGACUUCAAGGGGUCCAUGAGGAGGAUAGUGGGACUUAUGAGUGCCAGGUGGAGCAGUACCAGCUGGAUCAGGAUGGCCAAUGGCAACAAAAGGCCUCAGAUAAUACUGGCCCCAUCACGCUGACUGUGAAUGUGGCAGGAAAUCAACUGUCUAUUAUGAAUCAAGAAGUGGUGGUCAAUGUCAGCACUUCGCAGAACUUCACUAUACCCUGUAACAUCACAGCACAGUCCAGUAAUGAGUCGGAGUUCAAGGUUACGUGGUUUCGGCAGAUGGAAACGGACAAUGAACAACGGCCCAUUUUUACGGUGUACCGAAACGCCACCCUACACUACUGGUUUGGGGACAGUGAUCAGCUAAAGUUUGGCCACCCGCUACCCAAUGAAUUCAGCCUGACUGUCUCAAAGCCAAUUCCUGAAAACAGUGGGCGAUAUUUCUGUGAGGUAGAGGAAUGGAUCCCAUCUCUGUCAUAUGGGUGGAGGAGGGUUGCACUGGAAAGGUCAGGAUAUUUGACAACCAGUGUCUACAAGGAAGGGGUUAUUGAAGCGGUUUCUGAUCCCGGAUGCAAGUCAACUAGCUGGAUCGCAGUUCUCACUGGUGUAGUGAUCAUCGCACUGGUGAUCAUGUUCCUACUGGUUCUGAAGAUAUGUUGGAAAAAGGGCACAGGAGGGAAGAAGGCAACCCAGUCUUUAUGGGCAGAGCAGCAUGCACUGAAUGCCAAACCCAGUGUGGAGGACUGAAAUUAGGAGACCAACAAAUAAAACAGGAGAAGAAAUGUGCCCACCUUGUAUGCUACGAGCUUCAGUUGUGUUUUCUGAAUUAUACGACUGCAUUGUAAAUAUUUCUGAAUCCAUUUAUCACUUUCUGAAUACCACUUCUUGUUAAUUAUGUUUUAUAAAAAAGCUUAAAUGCUGUACUCUUCAUGCAGCACUGAAUAAUUUUCCUUCUGUGAAAUAAUGAAAAGUAUUAAACCCUUAAAAUUAAACAGGCACAUUUCAGUUUACAGCUAAAACUUAUUUGCAUAAUCACCAGCUUCUUACUGCUUGCAAUGGACAGUUGAGUUAGGGAGCAGAUCAACUCUUUGGCUUUACUAUUUCAAAGCAGCAUACUGUGACUGACAGAUUCCUUUUGAUGCAGCCACAUAUCAGGCAUGAUAGUAGGGCUUUGAUGGCAAAAGUCAAAGCAUAGCAUGCCUGUUGGAGAAGCCAAGCACAAAACAUGGUGAGAUUUGAAACUUAUUUUUGGUUAAGUAACCAGGAAGUGUUGGUUCUGCUGUGAGCACAGGAUGACAGUGUGGUCGGCAAAUCUGCUGAGAUGUCUGUGAAUAAUAUUUGUGCAGACAGGUUGCAGGGUGCCAUUUGAAGCACAAAUCUGCUUAUGCAAACAUUAUCUUGCUGUCAUCACUUAGUGAUGUUGUGAAAGGCUGCCCAUUGCUUCUCUGUGAUGACUAAAUUUUUCAUUU